GCAGAGUCUACUGAGGAGUGGCAUAUCAUUUACAGAUCACUUCAACCCUUUCAGUUUCCUUCCAUAUCAGCCGCCGUUGUACCCACCGGAAACAUAAUUCUCCGGCGAAGAAAAAGGAUGGUGCCGAUGGCGAUGGGAAUGGGAAUGGAGGCGGUGUGGGGGACGCUGGGCUCGACGGUGGUGACCCUCAUGCUGGUCUGGGCGACUUUCUCCCAGUACUGCCCCUAUGAAGUCCGUACUUUCCUGAAGACACGCACCAGGAAAUUGAGAAGGUUGUUCUACCCCUACGUCCACAUCUCCUUCCACGAGUUAUCCGGCGACUAUUUCAGGGGAGGCACCUCCGGCAACAUGUACAAGGCCAUCGAGCGCUACCUCGCCGCCAAUUCCUCCCACCAGGCUAAGCGUCUCAAGGCGGAGGACUUCAGGGACUCCCAGGCUCUGGUUCUCAGCAUGGACUACUUCCAGGAGGUCACCGACGAGUUUCAGGGGAUCAAACUCUGGUGGGUCUCCGAGAUGAAAUUUCCCACCAGCCAAACCAUCUCUUUCCGCGGCGGAGAUGAAGUCAAAAAGUUCUUCACCCUCAAGUUCCACGAGAAGCACCGCCACAUCGUCACCGGAGCUUACCUGAAACACGUGUUGGAGCAGGGGAAGGAGAUCUCGGUGAAGGACCGGCAGAGGAAGCUGUACACCAACAUCAGGAACGACGGAGGAUAUUAUUACCGGCGAAUGUGGACCCAAGUCGCCUUCGAACAUCCGGCGACCUUUGAGACCAUCGGAAUGGACCCCAAGAAGAAGCAAGAAAUCAUAGACGAUCUUAUCACCUUCAGCAAAUCAAAACAGUAUUAUGCCAAAGUCGGGAAGUCGUGGAAGCGCGGGUAUCUCCUCUACGGCCCUCCGGGCACCGGAAAGUCCUCUAUGGUGGCCGCCAUGGCUAAUUUCCUUGAAUACGACGUGUAUGACCUGGAAUUGACCGCCGUGAAGGACAACACGACCCUGAGAAAGCUCCUGAUCGAUACUUCCAGUAAGUCCAUCAUCGUCAUCGAGGAUAUCGACUGCUCUCUGGAACUCACCGGCCAGAGGAAAGGCAAACCAGAGGAAACAGAGGUAGAAGACCCGCUGAAGAUCGGGAAAGAGAAGAAACCUGAAGAGAAGAAGAGCGAAGUGACCCUCUCUGGUCUUCUGAACUUCAUCGACGGCCUCUGGUCCGCCAUUGGAGGAGAGAGGAUCAUCGUCUUCACCACUAAUUUCAGGGAAAAGCUCGACCCGGCUUUGAUCCGGAGAGGGAGAAUGGACAAGCACAUCGAGCUCUCCUAUUGCGGAUUCGAAGCGUUUAAAGUGCUCGCUAAGAACUAUUUGGAUGUUGAAACGCAUGAGCUUUUCCCGAAGAUCGAACGGUUGUUGACGGAGACGGAGAUUACGCCGGCGGAUGUUGCAGAGAACUUGAUGCCGAAAUCCGGCGAGGGAGACGAGACUACUUGUCUGGAAGCACUGGUUGAGGCUCUGGGCAAAGCUAAGGAAGACGCCAGAGUGAAAGCAGAGGAGGACGAAAGAAAGAAGGCGGAGGAGAAAGCUAAAGUAGAUGCCAAAUUGAAAGGACAGGAAGAAGAAGACAAAAUGAAGGCGGAGGAGAAAGCUGCGAAAUUGAAAACCGUAAGCCUUAAUUGAUCAGCAAGGAGAUUCAAAGUAUGUUCCUGCGGAAUUCACAUAUUAUAAUUAUAUUUCGAUUUAUUAGUUAUCACUAAACAUUUAAUGCACUGUUUUUAUCUUUCGUUCCCACUUCCCAGAGAUUAUCUGAUUAUGAAAUGUUGUUUAUUUGCAAUCGAGUGUGAGCAGAGUAGAAAAAAUGACUCGCAUAUUAUUACUAGACUCCUGGAUUCCAAUGAUAUGACUGUUUUGACAAUUCCCAC